GCGCUUCUCAGUAUCAAGAUGUUACCUUUAGCUAUUGGAGUUGUGCUGGUCGGGGCUGUUUAUGUAAUUUUGGUAAACAGUUUAUUUAGGAAAUCUAAAUGUUCAGGUGUGAGAGAAAUUAGUGAUAAAACCGUCAUCAUUACUGGUGGAAAUACUGGUAUUGGAAAAGCCACAGCAAUGGAGCUGGCAGGUAGAGGAGCACGUGUGAUUCUGGCCUGCAGGAACCGUCAAAAAGCAGAGGCUGCCAUCAGUGAUAUUAAAACGGUUACUGGGAGUAAUAAUGUCGUGUACAUGCAGCUUGAUCUUAGCAGUUUAAAAUCGGUGCGUUCCUUCGCUGAGACCUUCCUUAAAACUGAAUCCAAACUGGAUCUUCUCAUUAACAAUGCAGGUCUUGUAGCAGACGGUCGAACUGAAGAUGGUUUUGGUAUCGAGUUUGGUGUCAACCAUCUUGGGCAUUUUCUGUUAACCUGUCUGUUGCUGGACAGACUGAAGGAAAGUCCAGGAGCCCGUGUGAUCACCGUGUCCUCCUUAGCUCAUCGCUGGGGCAAAAUAGACUUCGAUGGGCUGGUCACCAACAAAGACCUGGGUACUGGGAGAUACAGCUGGCAGUUCUUUCAGGCAUACUGCAACAGCAAGUUGUGUAACAAUCUUUUCACCCAUGAGCUUGCCAAGAGACUUAAGGGCACCAAUAUUACCUGCUACAGUGUUCACCCCGGCAUCGUGAAAACCGAGCUCUCCCGUCACGUCAGUCUCUGGCAGAAGGUUUUCAUUGAACCUGUAUCCUGGCUGCUGUUUCUAGACCCAACCACUGGUGCGCAAACUACACUCCACUGUGCGCUACAGGAGGGCAUCGAGCCUCUGAGCGGGCGCUACUUCUCCUGCUGUGCUGUGCAGGAAGUCGGUGCCAAAGCCAAAGACAAUGCUGUAGCCAAGAGGUUGUGGGAAGUGAGUGAGAAAUUAUGUGGGCUUUCCCACUAAACCCUAAAAGUGGGUGAAGUGGCAGCUUAUGAAACAUGAACCGACAUCAGUCAGAUUUAUGAUCAAAUGUAAACAUGAUUUUUUUUGUUUAAAUCUGUUAAUGAUCUGAUGGAUGAAGUUGAAGGCUGCAUGUAA